CUUUACCCUGAUUAACAUCAGUCCAUGUCAGUGGACAACAAAUCAUCUGCUGCUCACCAUUUUCCACGACGUCGAGGAACAAAAUUUCAAUGACAAAGGCGCCCAGAGCGCCACAUAAUCAGAGUUACUGUUGGAAAAAGACUUUUGACGAUCAUCAGUUACUCAAAGCGUGAAUACUCUGGUGACAAUGUGGCACACAUCAAAUUUGUAGAAUACUACUCGAGUAUUGAAUCUGAUGACAUCGGCGUCCCAUCUUCUCUUCUUACCAUGAUGAACAUAUCUGCGCUUCGACACAACGCUGAACACAAUGAACCAGCGAGCUCCGAAAGCGAAGAGGGAGAAGAGUGCGUCGUUCUUAGUCUCUCAGAAUUUUUCGUUGUUAACGAAAGUCGAAGGUUGACUCCUUGGCCAGAGCACGUUCAUGAAACUGCGCUCUCCUAUUCGCCUUACGCGUCCUCAGCGCAAAACCAAUGGGCCAGCUAUGAGUGGUCGAAUAGAAAUGGCAAAUCUAUAUCUCGAGACCUUCCAAAGGACCAACAAUAUCCUAUCAACAUUUUUGGACAUACUGCUGAACAGGCAUUUGCCGAUUUUCCUGAACCAAGAAAUGACUUAUCCAGUGGCGAAGACGAUGAUUUUGCUGCUCAUUUCCCGGAUACUCGUCCUCGACGACCUCACAGUGCUUUAUCUCAUUACGCGGUAUCCAACGAGCGUCACUCUCAAAAUGAAUCUCCGAUAUCCCCUAAGUCCUCGAACUCAAAUUUUCGGCCAAUCUUCCAUGAGCCGUUCCAAUCUCACUCUUAUGAAAACGCAUUCGGAGGCGCAAGUUCAUCCCGUGGUGACGCUGCUCCUUUUCUAGAGUCUACCGGCCCAGGAUUAUCUAGAAUGUCGAUUGGGAGUUACCCAGACGAUGAAACCGGUCGCAGAAGAAAACAACUGUUUGACAACGAAGAAACGGUUUCACAGUACCUGGACAGUCCAGUCGUCUCGUAUCCGCUAUCCGAUCGCUCCCCGGGCGGAAUUAGCGCAAAAGUCAAAGGCAAACAACGAUCCUACGAGGAUGCUGAGGAUUCUGCCAUUCCCAAUGUGCAAAUGUCCGGUCUUCAUUUGGGAAUUGAAAUGUCCACGGGAACUCGUACUUCGCCUCGAUUAGAGUUAAAAGAUGAUGAUAGGAGGAAUGCUCGGUUCCGUAGCUCACCAACCGGAUCGGUGUAUCUCGAUGAAGACGACGUAGAGGAAGAGUUCGAUUGCCAACGAACGGAGACACGCUCAAGAAAAUAUACCUCGCAGUCUUCUGCCACUGGUGGUCGCCUUGGUAGUUCACGCGCAGCUGUAUCUAGAUCGGGCAAACGUCCUGUCACAUCAGAUGAAGAGGAUGAAAGCGCUCUCGAUCAAUCCGCAGACGCUCUGCCUACGACCAUCGUUUCGCCCACAAAGCCCAGCGGAAAGAAACGCAAAGUCAAUCGUUAUCCAUGUCCGGUUCCAUUAUGCAAGGAGACUUUUACCAGGAGAAACGAUGUCAGGCGGCAUAUCAAAAACGCAGCGGUUCAUCGAGAUUCUCCAGAAGCUUUGGCUCUUCUUGGUGAAGUCGUUGGAGCAGGAACUCGCUGCAAAUACUGUAAUGCUGAUUUAUCGCGAUCCGAUGCGAGAAUGCGCCACGAACGCGCAUCUGCAUGCGGCAAACGGACUACACAGAAAAUGAAGGACCAGAUGCUUCUGAAGACUUGAAGAGUGUGUCAUGUAUCGGUUCUUCAUCAACUCUGUCUAAUAAAGCCUUCAUAGAUCCUACAUAUCUUAUAGAUCAUUAUUGUUCUCAAGAUUAUAACUACAUUAUAAAUAUAUGAAUCAACUCUAUCAGUCAUCGGCAUCUACAUUGUUGACCAUAUGGAAUGUUUUCUGCUGUG